AGUAGUUGUACUCAUAUCUUGGUCAUCUUUCUUGUAGAGCAGCGGUGAGUGAAGGAAGAGAUGGUCCUGUAGACCGAAGCCUUAGAGAGGAAGGAACACCUGACACUGCAUUUUGGACACAGGCUGCUUGGAUUGGUCAGAUCUCAUCUUCAUCAUGAUCAUCAUCAUCUCUCUGCUCCUGUUGGGCUCUCUGCUGCCAAACCUGAGCUUCACUUCCAGUGUCAAGGUGCGUAUAGUGAAUGGCAAUGUAGCACAACCUCACUCCAGACCUUACAUGGUUUCUGUUCAGAAGAAUGGGUUACAUGUUUGUGGAGGAUUCCUCAUUUCUGAUCAGUUUGUUAUGACUGCUGCACACUGCAGAAAGGACAGCGAGAUUCUAACAGUUGUGGCCGGUGCACAUGACUUAGAAAGCAGACAGGAAAACCAUGUCCGCAUUGGUGUGAGUACCUAUAACAAGCCUCCAGAAUACAAACCUGGUCCGAAAAAACCUAAAAUAGCCGACCUGAUGAUUCUGAAGCUGGAAAAAAAAAUUAAACUAAACAACAAGAUCAACACGAUUCCCAUACCAAAAACACCUGUGGAGAUCAGUGUGGGCACUGCUUGCAGUGUUGCAGGCUGGGGUGAUGUGACGAAUAGCGGUGCUCCAAGUCCGACCCUCAGAGAGGCAAACGUGAAGAUUAAAAAUAAGAAAGUCUGUGCUCAAUGGGGAUGGGAAUAUGUAGCUUCACAGAUGAUGUGUGUGUCUGGCCAUGGAGGAUCCUGUAAGGGGGAUUCAGGAGGUCCUUUGGUUUGUAACAACAUUGUGGUUGGCGUUACAUCCUUCACACGUAAUAAAAGCUGCAACGAUCCUUAUCUGCAUAAUGUUUAUACAAAAAUUUCUGCAUUUCUUCCAUGGAUCCAAGGAAUAUUACCACCUAAAUGAAUUCUGCAUAUUGCUUUUAUUUCUUUUAUCUUUCCAAACUGUCUUCUUUUAACAACUCAUUAAACAAUAAUUUACAACUGCACUGGACUCAUCACAAACUAUGCUCUAUGCAUUAUGUUUUGUGGUUGUGUGUGUGUUUAAUGGUUGAAUUUCUGAUUUUCUCACAAACAGAUUUUAAAU